GUACGACGUCAGCGUUGCCUUCUUUCACGCGGACAACUCUGAAAAGAUCGGUGAUCCCUCCGGCGUCCGAAGGAACCCCGGACAUCGUCUGGGAGCUCAACAAGGCGAUGAACGGGAUCCGCGAAGCAUCCAGACAGUGGGGUGUGAAGAUCCGUAAGGUCAAGACGGCCGACGGGUUUGAAGAGUUGCUCUUGUGCCCCAACACCUACUACAAGAAAGCAGCAGACCUGUGCUUGAGUUGCCAUGGAGACGACUUCCUGGCAAGUGGAGAGAAAGAAGAGCUUGACGCGCUUGACAAGCUGAUGGCAGAGAACUACGAGGUGAAGAUCCUCCCGCGCAUCGGGGACCCAAGGUAUGGAGGGGAAGUCACAGAAGGACGUCGCCUUGGUCGGGUGAUUCGCUGGACAGAAGAAGGUUUCACUUGGGAGUGCGAUCCCAAGUACAGCCCGCAAGUGAUCCAGGAGCUGGACCUGAAGGGAUGCAAGGGCGUAGACACGCCAGCAUCGAAGUCUACUGGGACGAUUCUCUACAUGUCUGUAGAUCGUCCAGCCCUGCAAUACGCAGCAAGCGAGCUUGCAGAAGGCAUGAGCAAGCCCCUGGAGAUACACUGGCUCCGUUUGAAGCGCAUCGGCAAGUACAUCGCAAA